CCUUCUCCCCACUUCCUCUAUCAUCCUCUGCUCCUUCGCUUAAAACUAUCAUCUCCAUGCCCCAAUUGGAAAACACGGAGACCAAGCGACGAAGCCGCCAAGGAGAAGAACCAGACGACUCGAAGAAGAAGAAGAAGGGCACCGGAACUGAAUCAAGCUCCAAUAGGCGAAGCUCGACGAUGGGAGCAGAUUACUACAACAUCCUCCAAGUCGAUCGAAACGCGAAGGACGAUGAUUUGAAGAAAGCAUACCGCAAACUCGCCAUGAAAUGGCAUCCCGACAAAAACCCUAACAAUAAGAAGGAAGCCGAGGCGAAAUUCAAGCAGAUUUCUGAGGCUUAUGAGGUUUUGAGCGAUCCUCAAAAGCGUGCUGUUUAUGAUCAGUAUGGGGAGGAGGGGCUUAAAGGCGGUGUUCCGCCGCCGUCGGGAGGCGGCGCGGGACCAGGUGGGGCGAGUUUCUUCACCGGCGAUGGGCCUACUGUUUUUAGAUUUAAUCCAAGGAACCCUGAUGAUAUCUUCUCGGAGUUUUUUGGAUUCUCGAGCCCCUUUGGUGCGAUGGGGGGUGGGAAUGGGAUGAGAGGGGGCAUGAGGUUUUCGAAUUCGAUCUUCGGAGAUGAUAUGUUUGGAUCGGCGUUCGGUGGUAUGAGAGAGAAUCCGAUGGAGUCGCAGAGGCAGCAUAAAGCUCAGCCGAUUGAGAACAAGUUACCUUGCAGCUUGGAGGAGUUGUAUAAGGGGACCACGAAGAAGAUGAAGAUCUCCAGGGAGAUUGCUGAUAUCAGCGGGUGAGUUUUUUUUUUUUUUUUUUU